AUGGCCUCCUCUGGUAAACCCCCUCUGGACGAUUCCCGUCGCACCACGGGAUCGCCGAAAAUGAAGACUCGAGAGAACGCGAAAGAGACAUUAUGUCGCAAUGUGACCAUCUACGGCCGGUGUCGCUAUGAAGAUAAAGGCUGUGCUUUCAAUCAUGAUCCUCAGAAACUCAGUGCGGCGCAUCAGGCCGACAGCAAUAGGAAACGAUUCAACGUGGACUCGCCUAGCUUCACCCCAUCCCUCUUAUCUGGCAACGGCACCUCUACACCCAAGAAAUCAACCACCAUCUCCCCCAAAGCCGCGAGCGCGGCCCCAUUUCAACCCCGAGUUGCCGCAUCCCGUAUGGCCUCUGAUCCGGAACCAUGGACUUCUCCGCUGACUGGAAAAGGCUCCAACGCAACUACACCAAGACAAGAAGCAGGAACCCCAGACUGGACAGUAGCGGACGUGCAGGAGUUUGUCCCGGGAGUAUUUGAUGGUUCUCACGUGGCAUCUCUUCAGGGCAAUGGCAAUGGAGCAAUUACUGCCACAGCUGGCUUCGAUCCUUUUGUGACAGCUUCAACUCCCUUGUCUGCAGCAGGAGCUGUUGGCUCUGUCGCUGCCAAUCCAUAUGCCCACGAUACCGCAGCUGCUAUGGGCGGAGCCUUUUUCGCAAACCAGACAGGUUUCCAGCAACCAGUUCAAUAUCACCUAUAUGCACCCAUCGGCCCUCAUAAUCAGAAUACACUUGCCUACCAGCGUAACGUUCACGACCUUUUUCUACCCAACGAUUUUCGAGAAGAGCUGCAGAAGAAAGCUGCAGCUACUUUACAAACACUCCCUAACACACAACUACCCGCCCAAGUCGACUAUUUCCACUCCCUAGUUCCACUGGAUUUGAGCCAUCAGAAAAACGCAGCAACCUUUGGCUACCCUAGCUGGGUUUACAAAGCACAGUCGAGCAAAGAUGGAAACUUCUACGUGCUUCGUCGACUUGAAGGCUUCCGUUUGACCAACGAGAAAGCUAUCCGAUCUGUUCAGGCCUGGAAGCGUGUGUGCAACGGCAGUGUAGUGACGGUUCACGAUGCAUUCACCAGCCGAAGCUUCCAAGACAGCUCCCUUAUCUUUGUUACCGACUACCAUCCUCUUUCCAAAACACUGGCUGAUCAGCAUCUGGGCACUGGAGCGCGCUUCCAAGGCCGCCACACCACGCACAUCCCCGAGCAGGUUCUUUGGGGCUACAUGACCCAGAUCGCAAAUGCAUUGAAGGCGAUACAUACUAAUGGCCUUGCUGCACGAGUUCUGGAACCUAGUAAAGUGCUUCUGACUGGGAAGAAUAGAAUUCGCCUAAACUCCUGUGCCAUUCUCGAUGUGGUUCAAUUUGACUCCCAGCGGACACUCGUCGACUUGCAGCGACAAGACCUGGUCAACUUUGGUCAAUUGAUCGUCACCCUUGGCUCUAAUUCGCCCAAUGUCAUGCACAAUCCCACCAAAGCCAUGGAACAUUUCACACGAGCCUACACUCCGCAGAUGAAGAAUUCAGUUUAUUGGCUGCUAGGCGCGCUCCAGAAGGAUCAAGAACGAGGCAUUGACACAUUCAUUGUUGGAAUUUCUUCCCAGCUGAUGUCGACUUUUGAUUCUGCACUCCAUCUGGAUGAUCAAUUGACCUCUGAUCUUAGCCGUGAGCUCGAGAAUGGACGCUUAGUACGCCUGAUGACUAAACUGAACCUCGUCAAUGAACGUCCAGAAUAUGAACAUGACCGACAGUGGUCCGAGAACGGAGAGCGUUAUUACUUGAAGAUUUUCCGAGAUUACGUUUUCCACCAAGUUGAUGCCCAUGGCGACCCGGCAGUGGACCUCGGACAUAUCCUGAGCUGUCUGAAUAAGCUCGAUGCAGGCAGUGAUGAGAAGGUCACUCUGAUAAGUCGGGAUGAGCAGAGCUGCAUCAUUGUCAGUUAUAAGGAGCUCAAGAAAGCCCUUGAAUCCUCUUUUCAGGCUCUCAUGAAGCCGGCAAGAAGGCUGCAUUAA